AACGCAUCUUUUUAGUUUGAAACUGCGUAUCUCUCACCUGAAAGUGCAGUUCUUUCCUAAACGUCGAUCAGAGAGUGUAAUAACCUCAUCAUGGACUUCGAUCUGAAAGCAGCUGUUGGAGAUGACGAGGUGAAAAAGUCUGAGGGAAAACAAGUGGAGGGAAUCUUUGGGUUUGGAAAGAAGGAUAAAGACAAAAGCAAAGACAAGAGUGAUUGCAAGGAUAAGGACAAGCACAAAGGAGACCAUAAAGACAAAGAUAAAAAAGAACAUAAAGACAAAGAUAAAAAAGAACAUAAAGACAAACACAAGGAUAAAGGAGAACAUAAAGACAAAGACAAGAAGAAGAAGAAGGAACACAAGAAGAAGGAUGGCCACAAGUCAUCCUCCUCCAGUGAUUCGGACUAAAUCAAGACUGAAGAUUCAUCAUAAAAUUCUUUAUAAGAGGAUUUUUCAAUGAAUGAAGAGCUGUAACUCCAUUUUUCCACAAGGUGGCGCUACUUACUUACUCAAUGUUGCCUGUAAUGAAACGCUGGGAUAAAACAGAGUUUUGUAUUAUUUUGUGUAAAUUUGUUCGCUGGUUUAAUAAAUUCUAGUGUCUGAAA